AUGCGUUCCUUGCUCUCGCUGAAGCUUGGAAGCGAAAGAACCGAAAGGGAACGCAAAGAACUGAAAGUUUGGCUUGGCUUUGUCAAACUUUAUGGAAAGAAACCCACACUGGAGGCACUUACGGAGCUGCUCUAUCGGGAUGACACAUGCUCAGCCGUGGACUGCGAUGUUAUUGCGCUGCACCUUGCAAGUGCCUUCGUCACACCAGAAUGCAUCUCUGAUUUCCAGAGUGUGCUCAAGAAAUGCAUGGCAUUGCGGGACGCAUUGAACACCAAAGACUAUGUGUUCAAUGAGGAUGAUCCAGCGCUGCCUUCAAGCCAGAUUCCCGCAGAGGUGGUGAAUCGAACAGAGGAUGGAAUGACGUUCGUCUCCAUGCAUGUUGCAGUCAAGCGGAAGCACAUUCGCAAAGUUGAUGGAAGCGAUUUCAUCAAGUAUCAUGACUGCUUUCCUGGCCCGACCUCCGUAGUGGUGAACGCAACGAGCACGGAUCAUCCCAGGCUCGUCUUGAGACAAGACGUCCUUCUGUGGGUUGAUGGUCGCGAAGUGGAUGUGGUUCUUCUUGGAGCUGACCUGGACACCAAUGUUGCGGCACGGCUCGUUCAAGUGAACGCUUUAGAGCGGCUGUUGAGGAUGGCCAGCCGAGAUCGCACAAACUUUUGUGCCUUGUGCUGGGGUGAUUUCGCCAAUCCACUGGUUGCCUUCGAAGGCAUGAAGGAUCAUGUUGUUUUCAAAGAGGGCAAGUUUGCGAUCCCAGACUCAGGAGUCAGGUUUCUGCUAAAUUGCUUACGAGAACCGUCUGAACGAUUGGCAUUGCUGCACAAAGACUCUCUGACCUAUUCCGGGGCAGACGUGACAGGGAAACCUCACCAAGCCCCACCAUGCAACAUCAAGCUCAGGCAAAUGUUUUCCUUAUCGUUGGAUGCAGCGUUGGCCUCCGGAGUGGUACCCUGGCCCUUCUACCAGGUCCAGCCUUUCGAGGUGACGCUCGCCCAGCAGCUGGGUUGUCGGCUGAAACUGGUGGAGAUGGCUUCGCUGAGCCGCAUCAGAGCACUGAGUCUGCUGUCUGCAUACUUUAAUUGGACGGAAGACGGCAAGAAGAUGCAGCGGAAGAUUCGAGUGGAACAUGUUGAGAAUGACCGGAAGGACAACUACUAUUUGCAGUUUGGCUGGUUGGAUGGCGUCGCGUGGUACAAAAAGAACUCGGUGAAGACGACCCUUUGUUGCUGGGAGACAGUGCAGAGUGUGCAGGCCUUCGACCACUUGCCCAUGAGGGCCAAAAUGCAGGCCAAUCCUUUUUUGGAAAUUGGGAUUGAAAACGAUUGA